AUGUCCACCCACCAUUCCAUCAAACGCAAACCCGUCGCCCUACCACCCCAAGAAACAGGCAUCAUCCUCACCACAGCACCACGACCACAAACCUCCCACGGAAAGACCCCAAACACAGUUACACCAACACUAAGACCAACAACCAGCAACGGAAGACCACCGGAACUAUACGCACCACCACCGCCCUACUCCCAAAAUUCCAAUGUCGCACCUCCAAUACCACAACCCCCAACUCAACCCCGACCACCCCAAACAACCCUCUCAACGCCACCCCUCCGCAACCACAAAAGCACCCCCAACCUCCGCAAUCCACCAUCCGCCCUCCCCCGCACCGCAACCGACCUCCCAAUCCCAGGCCCAAACGCCAUCCAAAAGGCCUACGGCGAAGUGUCCCACUUCCUAGGCGGCCUAAUCGCCCACCCAACAGAAUCAACCCGCCAUUACACAAUCCUCCGCCACUCCCACGGCAUAGUCUUCUACCGCGGCAGCACGACCUCAAUCGCCAUCUCCAUCUUUUCAGAUACCCUCCUUCCCCAGGACAGAAAAUACUUCCUCCAAAGCCGCGGCUGGACCGGGAAAACAGGCAUGAAAGCCAAAGCUCUCUUCCGUCUUACAGAUGACUGGCUAGACGUAACGCCUUCAUUCGCGCUUCGCGCAAACCAAGUCUCCCCGGGAGACGAACGCGCGUGGCAAAGAGAUAUUACCAAGUUUCGCAAGAAGGCACCCUCGAAGCUUUUAAAUCAUGAACUCCGCGAGACGAUUGUGGCCAGAAUCCCCGCCGAAGCAGGCGACGGAUACUUUCAAUUAAAUCUCUGCCAGUCCGCGAAGAAGAAAGUCCUCUGUUCGAGUCCCGUUUUCAGGGUCCUAAGUACUUCUCUAGACCCUAGUUCAUUACGGGGUGCAAGUCUAUCAACCAUGCCCCUCGAAGUCGGCGCAAUGGUCCUAAGUACAUACGCACAGACUGCAGUACAAGCGAUCAUUAACCCAGUUACGUCAACAGUAUCAAAUAAAUUGACACCCUACAAACCAGGCACAGUCACCCAAACCGCAGCAGAAACAGCAUACUCCCUAAGUGGAAUGGAAGAUCGUGUCGCGCGCAUAAGAAACCACAGAGGCAACAAUGACUCAAACCCCACCGACGAGACAGAAAGCCGAGCGAGACAAACCCAAGAAUACCAACAGGCCGGGGCGCUGGAAAACGGCCCGCAGUCUCCUUUCCCAAUGGACUUUAAAGCGCGCACUCAACCCCAAACUCAGGGUCAAUUCAGCGAAAGCUCACGGUACACACUUACCAAAGUCCCGGAUACGGUAUUGGACAAAUUACGCGGGCGUUACCUCGCCUGGGCGCGUUAUGACCUCGAUAGGAGACCAUCAAAUACACCUCCUAAAUCACCAACUCAGUUUCCAAGUUCACCAUAUACUCCUUAUAACCCCCAGCACGCAUAUAUAACCCCAUCCAACUCCCAAGGCUCCCAGAUCCAAGCUCAAAGUCAAAGUCAGAAAAGCCCCUGGUUCCCAACAAUCCUCUCCAUCAGCCCUCUAAAUCCAUCAUACCAGAACAGGGUGAAUCUAACAUCAGCGAUGCAAAAGACAACUCUCCUCCGGUUCCUCGACGAAAUCCACGUCCCAGCUUCAAGCAGGGUGCAGAUUCGCGUAAUGUGUUUUCUGCGACCGGAUAUCCCUCUUCCGUCGCCGUCUGGUAUGACGGAGAAGGAUCUUCUAGUCGCGCGAGAGAGGGCAGCUGAGGCGGAGAUGUUGGCUGAUGCGUGUGACGUUGAUUGUGCGCAGGGGAUACUGGAGCAUCCGGCUUGGGGGCCGGAGGUGCUUGGUGCUUCUGAGCGACAGGGAGGCUGGAUGGAUCGGACGAGAGAGGGGAUGGAGAAUGUAAGGACGCGAGCGGAGAAGAUAGUUGAGAGUGUGCCCCUUCAUUGGAUUGGGGUUCGGUCGGCGACGGCAGAGAUGCGGGAUCGACAGGUGGAGAUUAAUGGUUUUUAUAUUGUCCGAUAG